AUGAAAGGGCAUUCAAAAAAGAAAUUUAAUGAAUGGAUCAACCUGAAUUCUACAAAGAUUAUUUAAAUUAUCAUUAGGUGUUUGGUGUUAUUGUUAGUUAGAAUUUAGUUUUAAAGUGCCUAAGAAUUUUUCAUAAGGGUUUUAUAGAAUGAAAAUAUUUAUUUAUUUUUUACUUUAUGUUUGCUUGAAAUCUUAGAAUUCGAAAAAACAAAAUUUGAAGACAAUUUAUAUAAAAAUUCAUUUGGGUAAUAGUUUAACCCAGAUCAACUCCCAUCUCCAAGUAUUCCCCAAAAGGCUAUAUCAACCAACGAUAAAGUAAAUCAAUAAAACCAAAAUAUUAAAUUAAGAAGACAGCUUAGUCGAAAAAAUAAAGUUUCAAAUUUUAAGAGACUUUCUCAAUAUCCAAUCCUUUUGGAAUGAGAUAAAAAUGCAAAUUUGGUUAAUCUGUAGUUGAUGAAACUGAAUCUUAUCAAUUAUAGCUUAUUCUUGAUUAGAGAGAAUUUAAGACUUCAAUAAGAACAAAUAAAUUAAGACGAAUAAUCACCAAAAUUUUAAAUACUAACAAAACUGUGUCUUUUGAAAGAGCAAUUACUUCUGACACAGUACGAAACUCAAAGAAAUAAAUUUUAGAACAGUAAUUUUUUCAAUUGAAGAUCCAGAAAUAAGUCUAUUUCUAUAAACUGAACUGCACUCUAGGCUUUGCUUUCUGUUGGAUCUAUUAAGUGAAUAAAGUUAGAACGAAUUAAAGUUGUCAAUGA